UUUUUUCAAAAUAUGUACUUUGUUCGCCAAGUAUACCGCGGCAUCAAGGGGAGCGGAAGUCGUCUAUUCGCUUACCUUAAGCCUAUUGCGCAUGCGUGACUGUCCUAACUACAUAAUGUACGCAACAAAAUCCAGUUUAGAAUUUUUACAAACAAAACCAUUAACUCAUAAAUUACGAAACCUUCAUUAUAAUGACCACCAAAUUAUUAUCGAUUCCAGUUAUUUUUAAAUUGUUUAAUCAUAACUUCUGCUCAUUAUUAUGGUAAAAAAGGAGAAAUCAAUUAAGCAAAAACUAAUUACUCUCAAAUUCUAAUCAUGUUCUCCUAAAUUCCACCAAAUUACCACCUAAAUAUUUACAAAGAGAAACGUUUGAAAAGUUAAUUGAAAAACUACAUUUCUUCCAAGUACACAGUGCCGUAGUAGCUCGGUACUACAGUGCCCUUGACUGCGCAUGCGCGUCACCCAACGGAGGGUGAUGCAGACGGUAAAUGACGCUGGAAAAAUGACGCCAUAACGAUUUAGUUCACGUUACGACUCGGUAAUUUUUUAAAAGUGUCCGGUUGACAAAAGUAUAUUUUCUUCCUUGCGAAAAAUGCGGUGUGUUUACUGCGGUAAAACAAACAAGACGCAUGAGAAGAUAUCUUUUCAUCGAUUUCCCAAGGAUGGGAAGUUGGUGAAGAUCUGGGUGAAGAACAUGGGCAGACUGGAUUUUGUGCCGAAACCCUGGCAUCUGCUCUGUGUAGAGCAUUUUGCUGAAAACUGCAUCGAUUUCCGGGACUUGAGAGCAAGGUUGCGGAAGGGAUCUGUCCCAACGAUCUUCAAAGAUAAUAAGGAAAACUUGGCCUUUCCGUCCGAUACAGAACUUCAUGUACGCGCCUGUAAACAGAUGAAACUUGAUGGGAGUUUGAGUGGCCAAGAAGUAGCUAAAAAAGACUUACCUACCACAACCCGAUUGGAAAUAGAAGGUCUACAUUAGGAAAUUCCAGCGACACGGAUGAAAGUGAUUUCCCACAACCAUACCUAUGCAGAGGUUGGAGAACUUACCCUACGUAAGUUGGAAAAAACGCAGACGAGACUGACAACAAUUAUGCGAGACAAGAAAACUCUUCAGCAGAAGACAUGCCGAUUCCAGAAGAGAAUCACCAAAUUCAAGGAAAUCGUGGCCUCAAUGGGGGAAGCCGAGGAUUUGACUACACGUAGAAAAAUAUAACCACUCUAAACUUUGUUCAAAAAGUGAAAAAUUAUCCAAUCAUAAUGAAUAGUAUUAUAUUUUCUCCUUACCCAGUGAAGAUUUUUCAUUGUAAUCAGCUCAAAUUGAACUAAAUAGGGAAUCUUAUUUCCCGAUAAUGAAUAUAAAAAAAUGCCAAGAAUAUUCAUUUCCUUUUAGCUUUUCCUAUGCAGAUCCCAUACCAAGAAAUACAUUUUAAGUUCAAACGACCCACUUCCCGCUAUUUUUGAUGAUUUGUAUCUCGUGGAAAUUUACCCAGAAACUUUCCGGCUACUCUGGAUAAACAUGCUUCUCCCCUUCCACUGACAACUGCGCUGAGCAUGCGCACUUGGUAGAAGUUUAGUUCCCGGACUACUAUUCGGACGCGCUGAUUGACUUUGAAAUGGGCCUCACUAGGAGAAUACGCGAUAGUCUAUCCAGUUAUAUAGAGAUCAGUGAUGUCGCGUUAUUCAUACUGCGUUAAUUUUCAUCUAAUAUCAAUCUAAUGUCAAUCAUUCUCAUUUUCAAUUUAAGAAAGAUAAUUUUAAAUUUUUUAGAAAAUAUUUCCUCUAAGUAAAAACAAAUGACCCCGAAGUUUGCUGAAAAUUAUCUUUAUCAGCGGAUAUGUCAGUGAAAAAUUGAGGAAUUGAAAGUUUAAAAUUGUGUUUUUUUUUAUAGGAAAAGAUUUGGUGGUGAUA